GCUCGGUAAUGGCGACGUGAAUCCAGUGUGGCGAUAUGAUUAGUUUUCUUUUUGGCUUGUCGUUGCGAUAUUUUCCUAAAAUUCGAACUUUUACAGGGAGCAUACCCUCCCCCAAAAGUCACACUGGCAGUUUUGAUGAGUAAUAGGAAAUAUCCGAGGCUAGCGGACGGGUAUAAUGACCGGAGUCAGUAUCAUCCAUGCCAGGCAAGUUCCAAGUUCUCGUCGAAAAUCCAUUCCAACUGCAAUUCGGAGAGUGGUCGAGAGAGGGAGAGAUCGCCAAUUAGUUCAACGAAUAGUCGAGGAGGUUCACCGUACCCCCGUCAUUCAAACUUUUCCCCCCGUUCCCAUCGAUCAAAGCCCUACAGUCGAUCACGAGAAGGAAACAAGAGAGGUUCUAGCAAGUCUCCAACUGAUGCACACAGUCAUCAUACCCUUCCUAACAGUAACUCGCAUGGCAGUGAGCGCCACAGCAAGCCCAACCAUGUCAACAGUGACGAGACUUUUGUUUGGUCUCAGCACACCAGUUCUUCAGGGAAGGUUUACUAUUACAACUGUAAAACAGAAAAGUCCCAAUGGGAAAAGCCAAAAGAAUGGCUUGAACGAGAAAGAAGAGAGAAAGAGAGGAAAGACAGAGAAAAAAGAGAUUUUGUGGCAGCCAAAGAUGGACGGGAAAACCGAGAGCAUCUGGCUUCCUCCAAACCCAGCAAAUACAUUUCCCCUUCAAAGAAUAUUCAUCGAGAUCAUCAUAGCUCAAGUGAUAAGCGAGAUGGAAACCAUACAGAGAGUAGGAACAUGUCCACUGAGCAGAAAAAAGAAAUCCAGCAGAGACUGUUGGGAACAACUGACAGAGGAUCUCCGGUUGUCAAAACUUCUUGUGUACACACAACUGCUCUUCCAACAGUUGUCUAUAGACCUUCUCCUACUGUGGCUAAUAUGGGAGGAGAAUCUGCUGUUUCACCCACUGGAAGCUUACAAGAUGUUUCUCCUCCAACCACUCCUUCUUCACGCUCCAACAUGUAUGAGCCAUCCUCACACACUCCUUCGCCAAAUAUAGUCACAGCGGUUUCACCUCAAGUUGCUCAGCAGCAUGGAGUACCUUCUCCUCAAUUCUCAACCCGGCAUUCGGCAAUGCCCUUAGCACCAAAUGUAUUCCCCCAAGCACCUGCAGUUACAGGUGCUCCAAGAGCAGUGCCACAGCAGUACCAGUAUCCUGUAGGGCAUCCUCAUAUUCAGAAUGACUAUAGACAGCAGUAUGUGAAUAGCAACAGUGCACCACCUUGGCUUCAAGUUAAUAAUGCGGCAUUACCUCUCCCGGCAACACACGUCCCCUCACCCCAGCAACCAGUGAUGUUUAACCAACAGAUUUCUUCGCAGACAGCCCUUCAUCCACUACAGCAAGCCACACUAGUGCUCCAACAAAGAAAGAUGUCAGAGGCACAAGCUGGUGCUGCAGGGGUAGGGAAUAUGCAGCCAUCGUAUCCAGUGGCAACAGCCUCGACAGUGCCGCAUGCAGCACCUCUUCCACAGCUAGCAGUCUCCCCAGUCUCUGUGGCCAUGCAUAGAAAGGAAGACAGAUCACAUGCUCACAGCUCACCUGGUUCUCCUGUGGUGUUUACUCAACAUCCACCUGUACCAGUUGUAAAUGACUCCAGCAGCUCGCAUUCACAUCACUCCUCGCACCAACAGCUUGCAUCUAGCUCCAGUGUAGUGUCAUCUAGUCCUCUUUCUCACUCCUCAAACGCGUCAAGUCCAGUACCUGCAGUUCAACCUGCAGUUCCUACUGUCAACUUACAGGCAAUAGCAAAAUAUGUAGAUAAAAAUCUCACAUCUCAUUUGUCAGCCUGGCCAACUGAGGUGAUGGAUAGACAAUUGCAUAAACUAUGGGAGGAAACAAGUUCAUUUUCAAAUGAUAGUGACAAAGCUAAAAUAGAACAAAUGCAGCUACAGUCUGAAGCAGGUUUUAUGGAAAUGAGACUAGAGACAGCAAGUAGAAGAAUUUCUUCAUUGAAAGGGAUGACGAGGACUUUAGAAGCAUUACUGGCUGAUUCAGAGGCUAAAUUCUUGUCCUAGUGAAAUAAUGAGUCGAGUUCAGUGAGAACUGGACAUGAUGAAGUCGAGCAAGAGAAAGCAAGCGAGAAAUAGUGACAGCACAGAUGGUACAGCUGCAAUCUUCAAAGACCAAAAUGAUAGCUAUAGUCAUACCGCAGGAGCAAUGUACAGAGCUGUUGAUUAGGAAAUCUUAAGGAUGUGAACAAUCACAACUAAACCCAGUCUUAGGUGACUUGCAGAGUAGUGAAAGAUAAAUUGGUAGGCUGUUAAUACAAUUCAAGUUUCUGUUUAAUGAGGUAACUCUCUGUGUUGAUGUUGAGUAUUGGGUAGAUAUAUUGCUUGGCAAAGCCAAGGGUAUUUGUUAGGUUGAAACUCACACUCCACAGAUCCCUGGUCUUAAUUUCAUUUUUUUUUUUUUUUUCUGUCCCUCCUCUCCAUAGUGAACUUUAAAGCAACAAAACCGUAAUGAAAGGUACAAGCCAUUGUAAAAUAUGACACGUAACUGAUGACAAAGUAAAGAAAUAUUUACUUUCUAAAUGUCAUUUUGAGUAUUUGUAUGAAACAUGCCAUCAAAUAACCCAAUUAAUAAAGUGUUUAUGGUAUGA